AAGCGUAGUGGCGACGGGAGUAGAACAGAGUGGAGUUUGUUUUCGAAGAAGAAGGAAGGCAGUGUUGAGGGGGGGAACUGCAAUAGUAUUCAUAACAAGUGAGAAAUUUAGGGGUUUCAACAUGGCAUCCGGCGACACCUUGUACAUUGAGACGGACGGCUCGGAGAUGCCAGGUGAGAUUGUGGAACUCCACGAAAUCGAAGUAGAGACCAUCGAGACAACAGUUGUUGGAGAGGAGGACGACGAAGACGACGACGUCGACGACGAACAACCCAUGAUCGCUUUACAGCCCCUCGACUCUGAUGAUCAACACUCAAUGCAUCACCAUCAUCAGGAGGUAAUAUUGGUGCAAACCCGAGAAGAGGUGGUUGGUGAAGAUGAUUCGGACAUGCCCGGGGAGGACGAUUACGAGGACCAAAUUCUCAUACCUGUCCCAGUUCCUGCGGCGGAAGAGGAGUAUAUCGAGCAGACUCUGGUGACUGUCGCUGGGAAGAGCUCUGGGCGGAUGAAGAAGGGAGGAAGCGGGAAGAGGAAUAAAAAGAGCUACUUGGGUGCAACGGAGGCCAGUGGUAGAAAAUGGGAACAGAAACAGGUCCAGAUAAAGACUUUGGAAGGAGAGUUUUCAGUAACGAUGUGGGCAUCGGAUGACAAGAAGGACAUUGACCAUGACACUAUGGUGGAGGAGCACGUCAUCGGGGAGAACUCCCCUCCUGAUUACUCAGAGUACAUGACAGGCAAGAAGCUGCCCCCUGGGGGUAUCCCAGGCAUCGAUCUGUCAGACCCCAAACAGCUGGCAGAGUUUGCCAGGAUGAAGCCACGGAAAAUAAAAGAGGACGACUCCCCCAGAACGAUAGCUUGCCCCCACAAAGGAUGCACCAAAAUGUUCCGGGACAACUCUGCCAUGAGGAAGCACCUCCACACCCAUGGGCCACGAGUCCAUGUCUGUGCCGAGUGUGGAAAAGCCUUUGUCGAGAGCUCCAAACUGAAGAGGCACCAACUUGUUCAUACCGGAGAAAAGCCUUUCCAGUGCACGUUUGAAGGCUGCGGGAAGCGCUUCUCCCUGGACUUUAACUUGCGCACGCACGUACGGAUCCACACCGGCGACAGGCCCUAUGUGUGUCCGUUCGACGGCUGCAACAAGAAGUUCGCCCAGUCCACCAACCUCAAGUCCCACAUCCUCACACACGCCAAAGCCAAGAACAAUCAGUGACGGAGAGUGGACGCGCCCCGCCCACCUCGUAUCGCCGGCGCGGCUGUGACGUCCUGCGCUCCCGCCCCGAUCGGCUAUGAAAUCCCCUUUGUAUUGUGUCGUAGGUAAAACGUUUUGGGAGAACGACCUUACAGACUUCUUGAUAAGUACGGAGGUGAGGAACCCUGAAGAUGAUGCUUGACUCCCCCCACCCCCCACCCCAGCCUUCAUGGCACAAUCCUGAAAGAAAAAGGCAUAUGUUUCUUCUUGUGAAGAUGUGGAUUUCUUGGCGCUGCGCACGAAAAGACAGGUUAUUUAUACUCUGCAGCGCCCAAAGAGAGAGAAUGAACCUUUAAAGUUAUAAUAUCUCCUACUGCGGCGUAGCAAAAUAAUUACUUUUUUAAUUUUGUACCUUUUUCUAAGUGUGCAUAUUGUACACUUUUUUUUCUGGCUUAGUGGUAUUUUGUAUGUUUGUUUUCCCCGAGAACUGAAUUCUGUAGCUAGGUUUCCAUCCAAUUGACGCGUUUCCACUAAAUCGACCUAGUCGUAGUGCAGCUAAAGUCACUACACUUUUCUUGAGUUGAA